UUUCCAGUGAUGAAGCUGUUCAGAAAGUACUUGCUGAAGAAAAAGCUAUUAAAGAAAAGACACAAUAUUCAUCUAAAUCUCAAAACAGAGAAUCUAAAACAGAAGAAUGUAGAUAUCAUAAAGAGGGAAGAGGUGAUUCUGAAAUAAAAGACAAAAGCACGGUUCAGGAUCAAAAAAUCAAAGAAGAAUUGAAAGAGGAAGAAAGCAAGCAAAGAGAAAAUGAAAAAUAUAAAGAUUAUGAAAACCAUCCCAAUAAUUUUGAUAAAACUGUUAAUGAAAGUGAAAAAUAUGAAAAAGAGAGAAUCAAGAAUAGAUUAUCCAAAUCAGAAAGAGAGCCAGAAAAAAUUAGAAACAAAGAAAAAGAAGAAGGGGAAGGAGAAAAAGAAGAAUGUGAUAGAGAAAGAGACAAGGAAAGAAAAGAAUAUGAGGGAGGAAGAGAAAAAGACAGAUUACGAGAAAAAGAUAAACUUAGAGACAGGGAUAAAGAUUAUGAGAAAGUCCGAGACAGGGGCAAAGAAAAAGACAAACGGAGGGAAAGAGGUAAAAAUAUAGAAACAACACGAGAAGAAAGAAAAGACAAACCAGACAAAAAGCCCACAGGAUCUGAAGAGAAUGUUGCUAAAAAACUGGCAGAAAAGUCUAUAAAAGAUCAAGCUGAAUUUGAUAAAGAAAAUGAAAAUUCUGCAAGAUUAUCAAAGCAGCAGGCAACAAAAGGACCAAGACAGCGAAACAAAACUUCAAGUGAAGGUGAAUCAUUUGGUGAUGCAGAGGGAGACGUUCUGAAUACUGGUACAACAGAAAAGAUUUCUGAAAAUAAUGAAUUUACAAAUGAAAUUCCAUCUCAGAUCACUCAAAGAAAACCACGACCCAGUAGUGCACGACCAGCUCCACCCCGUAUAAAACGACAACAAAGUACAGAGAUUUUAAUUCCAGAAAGAAAUGGCAGUGCCAAGAUAGUAUCAAAUGUUAUUAUAGAUAAAGAAGAAGAAGAGGACGACCAGUUUAUAGUGAAAGCAGAACAGCAACUACCUGAAAUAGCAGAACUGAAAAUGGAGACAACAGUAGAUCUUGAAGAAGAUGAGAAACAUGGUAGCCUUGUCCAAAGAAUACUGGAAACAAAGAAGGAUUAUGAAUUAUCACAGUUGCAAAAAUCUGCUGAAAAGGAGAAGCCAUAUUUGUCAGAGGCAGCAAAGAGAAAGGAAAAAGAUUUAGUAACUAAAGAAAUAGAGAAAUUUCGCGGCUCCAUUCAGGCCCUUUGUCGGAGUGCUCUUCCUCUUGGAAAAAUAAUGGACUAUAUUCAAGAAGAUGUAGAUGCCAUGAAAAAUGAGCUUCAGACAUGGCAGAAUGAAAAUAAAGAACUUGAAGAGACCCUGCGGAAAGAACAAGGAAUCACAGAUGGUGUUGUGGAACCUUUAAAAAUAGAUCUUACUGAGUUGGAUCAAUUGAUCAAAGAUGAAGAAGACAAGAUUUAUACUAAGAGAGCUAAUGUUUUAAGAAACAAUGAAAAAAUUCAGAAGCUGGUUCAUAUUAUCAAUUCAAGAAGCUGGGAUGAAACACAUUUUGGAAAGAUGGGGAGUUAUUAUAUUAACCGGACAUUUUUCUUUGAUGUCCAUCCACCUUUGGGGAAGAUGUUAAUAGGACUUGCUGGCUAUCUGAGUGGCUAUGAUGGGACUUUUCCUUUCCAGAAGCCUGGGGACAAAUAUGAACAACAUAACUCUAUAGGAAUGAGAGCAUUCAGUGCCUUCCUUGGUUCAUGUCUGAUCCCCUUCUGCUACCUCACUGUGCUGGAGCUGUCCAGAUCAUUGCCUGCAGCAAUAAUCACUGCUACCAUCCUGAUUUUUGACACUGGAUUCAUUACAAUCUCACAGUACAUUCUUCUUGACCCCAUUUUGAUGUUCUUCCUCAUGGGAGCUGUACUCAGUAUGGUUAAAUAUAAUUCCUAUUCAGAUAGAUGCUUUUCUGCCCCCUGGUGGUUCUGGCUGUGUUUGACUGGGGUGAACCUCGCUGGUGCAUUGGGGGUGAAAUUUGUUGGCCUUUUUGUUGUCUUUCUGGUUGGCCUGAAUACUAUCUGUGAACUUUGGCAGUUAUUGGGAGACCUUAGUCUAUCACUGGUCACACUGGGAAAGCACUUCUUGGCUCAUGUACUUUGCCUCAUUAUACUGCCUCUUGUCCUCUAUACAGCUCUUUUUGCAGUUCAUUUUGCAGUGUUAAACAGAAGUGGACCUGGUGAUGGUUUUUUCAGCUCUGGAUUUCAAUCCCGGCUCAUUGGAAACAAUCUUCAUAAUGUUUCUGUUUCAGAAUUUUACUGAACAAGGAACACUAGGAAGGAGGUAACGGCAAACCAUUUCUGAAAAUCACGUCAAGAAAACUGCAAGGAUUUGUUCAGGCAGUCUCUGAGAAUGACACACUCAUUCAUCAAAUUUGCAGACGACACAAAACUGGGAGAAUAGUUGAUGCUUUGGAAGAUACGUUCAAGAUCCAGAAGGAUCUUGACAGACUUGAGCACAGGGCCCUACCCAACAAGGUGCAGUUCAGUGGUGAGAAAAUUAAGAUCCUGCACUUAGGCAGGAAAAACCAAAUGUAUAGGUAUAAAAUUGGCGGUACCUGACUGAACAUUGAACAGUGGUAAUUGUGAGAGGGAUCUAUCUAGGUAUCUUAGUAGACUACCACUUAAGUAUGAGCCAGCAGUGUGCUGUAGUUGCCAAAACUCCAAUACAGUCCUAGACUACCUCAACACAAGUCAAGACAACGAGAAGUGAUAAUGUGGCUUUACACCAUGCUGGUGAGACCAUACUUGAAAUACUACGUCCAGUUAUGGUCAUUAUAAUAUAGAAAAGAUGUUGAGACCCUGGAAAGUGUGCAGAGAAAAGCAACAAAGAUGAUAAAGGGUCAUUAAUUUAAUGAACGGUUGAGGGACCUAUGUAUGCCUAGCCUAUUGAAGAGAAGCUUCAGGGGGAACAUGAUAACUGGCUUCCAGUGCUUGAGGGGCUGUUACAAAGAAGAAGGGACUGACUUAUUCUUUAGAGCACCAAAAGGCAGGGCAAAAAGUAAAGGGAUCUCGUCAAAGAGAGAAAUAAGAAGAAAUGUUCUGACAGUGAGAAUAAUUAAUCAAUGGUAUAGCUUGCCUCCUGGGUUGUGGAUGCUCCAUCACUGGGGUUUUCGAAAAUAGGCUGGACAACCAUUUGGCUGGGAUGGUAUAAGACAUUUGCCUUGAGCAGAGCACUGGACUAGAAGAUCUCUGAGAUUCCCUUCUAACCCUACGAUGGAAGAAUCCAUUUCCAUUUGGGGAGAGAGAGAAUUAAAUACAGCUCUCUGACAAAAUGAACCAUAGCUAGGUAAAGCAUGAAUGAUAUUAAUAACUUGUGAUAAUAAGAAUCUUUUAAGAAAGGAAGUUUACAGUGGCUUUCAGUGAAAUAAAUUCAGGGAACAAAAUUAUGUUUGAACAUUUUUGUGUGGAAGGAGACUUAGUGUUAGCUAUCUUCCAGUGCUUUUGCUAAAUGUUAUAAUUUAAAUGUUAUAAAUUUAAAUGUUAUAAAUCUUGAUUUCAGUAACCUAAUUGACAUCUUACAAUUUUGUGGUGUGUUGUUAAGAAUACAAUCUUUUUCAUACAAAUGCUAAAAUCUAAUGA